CUAGGGUUUACUUUCGUAGCUGGACGAAGAAGAUGAUGGUGUACGAUGUGUUGAGAGAGAUUCUCAAGAUCCAGAAGUUGCGAAGGAUCGUCUCUUACGCUGGAUUCUACUGCUUCACCGCUGCUUUGACUUUCUUCUAUACCAACAACACAACAAGAGCAGGAUAUUCAAGAGCGGAUCAGUUUUAUGCAUCUUACCCAGCAGGCACAGAGCUUCUUACAGACACUACCAAGCUGUACAAAGCGGCGCUUGGGAAUUGCUUUGAAACGGAGGAAUGGGGUCCGAUCGAGUACUCCAUAAUGGCUAAGCAUUUUGAGCGUCAGGGGAAAUCACCUUACGCUUACCACUCUCAGUACAUGGCUCACCUUCUUUCUCUCGGACAACUUGAUGGAAGUGGCUAAAGAUUGUGGCACACUGCGGGACAAUCAUCUCUUUUGCCAAUUCCAUUUUUUUUUGGUCUUCUUUGGUUUAUGGAAUGUGUAUCAGCAUUUGUACCAAUUAUAUGCUCUAUGUAGAAAAUUUAGAAUCCAAUAUAAUAUAUAUAUAUGUCUAUCAGCACAAA